AUGGUUAGUAUCCACAGAGCUCCACCUCAGAACAAGUUACAAAUGCUCAUAACGCUGGCGGUUUCGGCCGCCUUCUGCGGCGUUACGGCAACUUGCUCCAAGUCUCGGGCCACUGGUUCCUCUGUUGGUAAUGCCACAUAUGACUACAUUGUGGUCGGUGGCGGCCCAUCCGGUAUUAUCGCCGCUACCCGUCUCGCCCAGUCUUCCAGCAAGAGCGUGCUUCUCCUCUCCCGCGGCCAAGGGCCUACCGUCGGGACCGGAGCCGUAGGCACAGUGGGGUUCAACAACACGUUGACACCUAUUGACGUCCCCGGUCUCUCGACUGCUGUCACCUCGUACAACGUGGGAGACCAGCCGCUCUUCCAGGCCUACCUGUGCUCGGAUGUCGACGCUUUCGCAACCUGCGUGUUUGGAGGCGGUGCUUCCAUCAACUACAUGGUGUUCCCUCACCCCCCGGAGCGUGACUUUGACGACAAGUGGCCCGCGGGGUGGAAGUGGGACGAUGUGUCCGCCGCCGCCGACCGGGUUUGGGACCUCAACCCGGGCAACAUGCUCCCCAGCAUGGACGGCAAGCGGUACGACCAGGGCAUGUUCGAGACUGUUUCCAAGUUCCUCGAUGCCCAGGACUGGUCGGAGGUUGACCAGGUCGCGGAGCCUAACAGCAAGACCAAGGCGUACAGCUAUCCCAACUGGGACAUCGGCGUCUCUGGUGACUUGGUCCUGGCUGCUGGCCCUUGGGGAACGCCUCGCAUCCUAUUCAACUCCGGGAUCGGUCCAAACGACCAGGUUCAGACCGUUGCCGACGGAAUCAGCGGUAUUGCUGUUCCGCCCAAGGAGGACUGGAUCGAUCUCCCCGUCGGCCAGACCAUCAAAGACCACCCAAUCUUCAGUAUUUAUGUUCAGACACCUGACAACUGGACCUCGUUCAACACAUCUACUGUCGUUGAUGGCACCAACCUCGAUGAUAUCGAGUUGUAUACAGAGCAGGGCUCCGGUGUUCUAUCGCAAGACUACCACCGCAUGAUCUUCUGGACGUCGAACGUGGCCUCCGACAACAUCACUCGGUACUACCAGGGCAGCGUCAGCCCCCAGGUCCAGGGCCUUGUCCUGAUUAAGGCCUACUUGACCCACGGCGCCACCUCCUCUGGUCAGAUGGGCAUCCUAGCCAACGGCACAGUCGGAUACACCCAGAUGCCCUACCUCCAGACCCAGGGAGACCAAGAUGGCGCUCGGACUUUUGUGGAGGAGCUGCUCGAGAGCGUCACUUCCCACGGCUGGGAGCUCACCCAAGGCACCACCAACGCCUCUGCCAUCCUGGCAUCUCAUACCCAGGGCGACCAUUACGUCGGCACUGCAAAUAUCGGAACUGACCCCAAGACCUCUGUGGUGGAUACCGACGUCAAGGUCUGGGCCACCGACAACCUGUACAUCGUUGAUUCCAGCAUCCACGCUGAUCUGCCGACCGGGAACACCCAGGCCAUUACUAUGGUCGUGGCUGAGGCCGCGGUGGAGAAGAUUAUCGCCGCGAGUAGCUAA